AGAGAGAAGAAAAAGGGGCCAAAUAAUCUUUUAAUGUCACCUAUAAAUUCAUAUGUAAAAAUACAAAUUGCGUUAUCCUUUCUCAUAUUUUCGGGCUACGGAGCCGCUGCAAGGGCAUUUUCGACUGUCUUUGGCGAUCAAGAUUCAGGAAAGGAAAAUGGUAGCUCGGAAAUUCCUGGUUCGCCACAACGGCUCCGAUUUCGACGUAGACUACGAUACAGACAACGGCUUCGAAGUUUUCAAAUUACAGCUCUUCUCUCUCACUUCGAUUCUUCCCGAUCAGCAACAGAUAUUCGGACACGAUGACGACCGGCUCGUAUCGGACGACUCUGAUCUCAUCGCGAUUUCUGAUAAACUUCGUUUGGUGUCGAUCACGGACGAAGAAAAGGAAGAAGGAAAAUUGGUGGAUCAGAAUGCGGAAUUGGCGAAAUCCGACGAGGACCUGGCUCGUAAGCUGCAGGCAGAGGAAGAAGCUCUUAUGUUUCAGCAGUUUGUUUCUAAGGGUGAUUUCUCUCAAAUUGAGGAAAGGAUACGGCCUUACAUCGAUCAGGUUUUAAUGUAUGAAGACCCAAAUCGCCAAGAAUCUGCUCGAAGGACAGUACCUGUGGAGAAGCUUGAGGAGAAAGCGCUGGUUGCAUUGGCGAAGGAAGGAAAUUUCAAUCCAACAAAAAGUGAACAAGAUCAUGCUUUCCUGCUACAGCUGCUUUUUUGGUUCAAAAAAUCAUUCAGGUGGGUAAGCGCACCACCUUGUGACGGUUGCGGAAAUGAAACUAUCAAUGUGGGCAUGGAUACUGCACUUCCCUCAGAAAGCAUUCAUGGAGCUUCACGUGUUGAACUUUAUUGCUGCAAGAUUUGCUCAGGAAUCACUCGUUUCCCACGGUACAAUGAUCCACUAAAGCUUCUAGAAACAAGAAGGGGGCGUUGUGGAGAGUGGGCCAAUUGCUUUACACUAUAUUGCCGAGCUUUUGGUUAUGAAUCUCGUUUUAUCUUGGAUUUCACAGAUCAUGUCUGGACAGAAUGCUUCUCACCGUUGCUUGGAAGAUGGAUGCACCUUGAUCCCUGUGAUGGAAUAUAUGACAAUCCUUUAUUAUACGAGAAAGGAUGGAAAAAGAAAUUGGAUUAUGUAAUUGCUAUUGCGAAAGAUGGCGUAUAUGAUGUCACCAAACGUUAUACAAGAGAGUGGCAUGCGGUUCUGUCUCGACGAAAUAUUACUACAGAGAAUGUUCUGUUUACUGUUAUCUCCAUCUUAAGAGAUGAGUGUCAGAAUAAUCUUACAACUGAUGUGAUUGUUGCUCUGAGGGAGCGUGACAGAGCUGAAGCAGAAGCACUUGAGAGAGAUUUGCAUUCAAAUGAUGAUGCUUCAAUCUCAUUGCCUGGCAGACAAAGUGGAGAUAAGGAAUGGCGAAUAUCAAGAUCAGAAAUUGGCUCUGAUGAGAAUUUUUCUUUAAGUUCUUCUUCUUGUCCACUUCGUGAAUGCAUUGACAAGCACGUGACGAAUAUCUAUAAUGCUUUUCAUCCUGUCAUUUCACAGCUUGCAGAGAAAUCUUGUUCGAAAUUGGAAGCUGUGGAAGUCCUUCAAAUUUUUAGACGUAUUCUAGUGGAUCUUAAGAAUUCCCCUUUUAGAAUGAGGAGAACGUCUAUAAAUUCUGUUUCACAUGGUGCACAUAAUCUUUUCCAUCAGAUGCUACCCUCUUUUGCUCAGUUGCUUGAUGCUCUUUCCCUGAAGAGUAAGCUGGACUUGGAUGGGAGGGUUGAGAUUUGUUUGGCUGGUGAUCCUGUUAGAACCUCCAUAGCAUUGCCUGUUCUGUUCCAUGCUUUGGAUGAUGUGAUACAUAAUGUCAAUAAAUGCAGUGUCAGCAAAGCCUCCCUUUCUUGGCCACUUGUAAAGCUAAAUAGAAUAUGUUCUGGUUUUGUCCUUGCUAGCGGUGAGGAGCUUCCUUUUGGAAUUGUCACGUCUGCUUUUGAUGGAACUCGCAUGUCUAAGUGGGAAGAACCAAAUGGUGCAAAAGGUUGUUGGGUUGUGUAUAAAGUUUUGGACGGCCAAAUGCUUGAGCUUGUGGCAUACGAGUUAAUGUCAGCCAACGAUGCACCAGAGAGAGAUCCUAAGGAUUGGGUCCUCGAAGGAAGUGAUGAUGGAGGCUCCACCUGGCACCUUUUAGACAAGCAAACUUCUCAGAUGUUUGAAAACCGAUACGAGAGGAAGACUUUUAAGAUUAGCUCAGUGCUCUUUGCAGCAAAUGCAUACAGGUUCAGGUUUCUGGCUGUCCGAGAUAGUAAGGCAACUCCACGGUUUCAAGUAGGUAGCAUUGACCUCUAUGCAAGCAGCUAGUGUAGGGGGACUCUUAAUGGCAAUAUAUCCCAGGGCCGGCCAGCGGAAAUUGACAAGACCAACAAACAGAGAGUGCUCUGGGAACGUCCUAUUGAUAGUGAAUUGAUUGUAGGCCAUCUCCGUUGUUCGCAUUAGCAAAGUACCCCGUUCCCCCCUGUUGUAUGUUUGUUCACCAAUGUUCUUGCACGGUUUGUCAAAUGGAAAAUGAACUAAUAACACUGUUGCCCCCAAGUGGGGUGCUUCAAAUGAUUGAAGCCUGUUUUGGUGACAGAAUAUGACUGCAGUUGUGGCUUGGGCUUAGCCUGUGAUAAUUGGGUCAAAGCCUUUAGACCUCCUGAAAAUUGUAUUGGUCGACUUUGUUGGGCAGUUCAGUUUAUCCUGCUUUUGUACUC